AUGCUCAUGACGGACAAGCAUAUCAGGGAUAUCGCUGCGGAGAAAGUGGUCGGCAAUGUCCCAGACAGGCGGCCCAUCAGUGCCGAGGAAGCCAGCCAUGUGGUAACAGGGACGAAGAGGGACGCCGGAAAUAGUGAACGGGAUGACAGCUUCCGCAUGGGCAUGGACAACGGCAGUGACAUCGUUAUGUCGCUUGUAGAUCUCGGAAUGAAUGCGGCGCUCGACAUAGCCUUUCGGAGCACCCUCUUCAACAGGCUCAGCGUUUUCGACCCACAUAUCGACGACAAACCGAAUACCCAAAGGGUGCGAACAGAGACGGAGCCGGAAAGGGGACACGCCGAAGGCCAAGCGAGGGUCUUUGCUCACCAACAUGGCUCGCCGAACCACACGAGGCAUAAAAAGAGUUAUGUCGAGGCUCCCAUUGUUUUCGAUGACGAGGACGAACCCAUCCCCAUCGCAUCUAGGGACUCUGACGAUGAUGAGUUCGCUGCCCCGGAGCCAGCCCAGGAGGAAGAGGAGGAUAACGAUGAAGAAGCCGACAUGGCCGAACCCACCAGUGAAGAAGACGAGGCCGAGGACGAGGACGAUGAGGCUGAUGGCGACGCUGGCGGCAAAAAGAACGAUCCGUCCUCCCAGCCAAAGAAACACCGUAAUACGGGCGCUGGCAUGAUUCAGAGCCGCAAAGGCUUCCAUGACAUUCCUCAUUAUCCUCUCGAGACACGCAUUGUAACCCGUGUCUACGCAGGUCCCUUGAGACGGUAUGCGCGGUAUAGCGCGCUGCGGGACUCCAUGUACGGCCCAGAGUACAAUCGAAUCAAGAUAAUAUGGGAUUUAGAGAUGCGAUGGGCCGAAUUUCCCGCUCUGCCACCCAGGUACAUGCCUCAUGAGCCCCAGGGUAUCUGUCCCAGUCCAUGGCUCCCGCCCGCCUUCGAGCGCACACAGGAACAAAACGCUGCUCGAUGGUACAGGAACUACUACGCCAAGAGUCCUGACGUACAACAGUCCCAUUUGCUUUCGAGCCACGAUGGCGAGCAUCUUAUUCCUCAGUCUGGAGGCGACCUUGUCACCUUCAUUGGGCCCUGGGAUCGUCAGGGAGAGUUUCGGUUUACGCAAGGCCAAAGUUUACCGAUAACGGCUUCUGGUCUUCCAACGGGCACAUCCGAAGAUCAAGACAACGAGGACUCGACCGGCUGGAUGCUUGACAUUGGAAGUAUUCCGCUUGCCAUGGGCUGGGUUCCAUCACUCGUCAACACAAAGCAAGUUCUCGCCGUAGCAAGCAUACCCUUCACGGACCAAGAACCCCGGCGACAAGAAGACGGUGCAGAUAAGCACGAGGCUCCUGAUGCCAUGACAGAAGGCUGCGUCCAACUUUGGGAGUUCACCCCCAAAGAAGAGGCAGGCAAAACGUUGGCUCGACCUUCCGCCACCCCAGCGCGGCUGACCAGGACAUUGUGCUUUGACUGGGGCCGGCCAAAGAGACUGCAGUGGUGCCCCGUGCCUUACGAGUCAGUCGGCAGUUAUGGCUUACUAGCUAUACUAACAGGAGAUGGAAAGGCGCGAGUUGUUGAUGUUAAGAUGGUCGAAGAAGGGAGCGCCCCCAUUUACGAGUGGGUACAAUCUCCUGUUGUCACCCUUGGCAUCGACGAUGAUUACAACAACAAGGUGACCUGUCUAAGCUGGGUAAAUAUCAACCGCAUCGCCCUCGGUCACUCGGACGGUUCUGUCACACUGUGGUCUAUCUUCCCUCGAAAAAUGCUGCAAAGGGUCGGAGUACACACCACGUAUGUGAUCGACAUCUGUUCGGCUUACCCGUCGAAUCCCUAUUUGGUCGCCUCGAUUCCAGUCGGCGGAUGUGCAACCUUGACCGACUUGUCCCAACCAAGUUCAGAGCUCACCUACUUCCCUGUGCCCGCCAUCAGCUUUCAGCCUAACAUGCUUUGCUGGAACGAGUCCAUGCAGGGGUUCAUGGCUCUCUACCCAUCCUCCACGCCUAACACGACCAUUGCGUUCCUUCACCACCGCUUCUUCUGUCAGGCGCGUAGUAUCUGCACGGGACCAAACACCAUUACGUGCAUUUCUGCUGGAACAACACACCCCUUCGUGUUGGCCGGCUGUGCAGACGGCUCGUUGUUCUCUUGCAACGCUCUGCAGAAGCUCUUCAAGCAGAAAGGGGAGCCUUUGCAGAAAAUUAAAGUCAUGGAGCACGAGUACAGGCCUAUCAGACGUCCCGAGCUUCAAGGAACCGAUAACGGACGUCCCGUGAGAGGCGCGGUCCGGAUCUUGCAAGGCUUCCUGCCGGAGCCAAAUGACGAUCCCAGGACGGAGAAGCGCAAGGAGCUCGACAGGAAGAAGAAGCUAGAAAGAAUGAAGACGGCGUCUGGAAAGAAGAAGGGCCGACCCAGGAAGAACGGAAGCAACACUAUGGAGGAUAUCAAUCGGGAGGCCGAGCUCGACGACAAGCUUGCAUCGCGCGUGGUCACGCAUGAGCCAUUAACCAGGUUGACGACGAUUGUAUGGGAUCCGAACAUGCAAUUCAGCUGCUGGGCGGCGUGUGCAAUGGCUUCAGGUAUCAUCAAGGUCAUGGAUCUUGGAGUGCAGUAA